CUGCACGUGACCUCACAGUCAUCUGUUUUAAGGAAAUUAUUUUCCCGUAAUAAGCAGCAGCAGCAGCAAACGAGUUCCUGGCGAAUAUUCAGCAAUAAACAUGCCAAAAAAACCGGCUCAACAGCGGCUCCCUCGACCGCUUUGGCCGGUACUGCAGAUGAUCUGUAUUGCUCCACAACUGGUUUGAUAUUGGAAGAUAGGCCAAGUAAUCUGCCGGCGAAAUCAGUGGAGGAGCAGCGACGCCAUCAAGCGCAAUACCAAGCACUUAUUGAGGCAGCGAAACGUAAAGAAGCUCGUCGUGCUUGUCAGCGGAAAAAAUUUCUUGAGAUGAGAAGAAAGGAAGAGGAGGAAGCUGCUGCCGCGGUACGGGUAUGGUCCAACGAAAUAUUGCCCAACUGGGAACACAUGAAAGAUACGAAGCGAUGCCAUGAACUGUGGUGGCGCGGAAUCCCAUCAAAAGUACGUGGUCAGGUUUGGUCAUUGGUCAUUGGCAAUGAAUUGAAUUUAACACCAGAACUGUACGAAAUCUGUGUUGCACGAGCGCGACAACAUUUUGCCACAGUUGCCAGUGACCUGCGUGGAUCCGAAGGCGAUACAGCAGCGUUUGCAUCAGUUGAAAGUAAUCAGCAGCGACCGUUUUAUCCCGUCCUUCAAAGUGGCGAUAUGGGACGUGAAGGUACGCUGGAAUUGAUUCAUUUAGAUAUUUCACGAACAUUCCCUAAUUUGGGUUUUUUUCAAAAGGUUUGUUUUAUUUUUAUUGUAGUUUUUUAA